AUGUUCCCAAUCCAUGAAAACUCUAAUGGUAUGGCGUUGAUGCAGACAUUUAUCAAGCAUGUACUUCGGUACUUUGAUCCCGACGAUGAAUUGAACACAAAAAUUCAAAAUAUCGAUGACUAUAUUCGAGCACAUUCAACAAUUGCUUGGGACACCGAGGCCAAAAGACUUUCAACGCUAUUUGAUUCAAUGGUUAGGCGCCCAAAUCUAAUAGUCUACCAAAGGACAAACAGAUCAAAAAAUGAUAUACCUUUCCCGAUCCGAACACUGGAUGUUGACUUAGAGGCAUUGGCAUCGUUGGAAGAGGAGAUGUUUGAGGUUUCAAGCCGCGCCGGACUUGCAGGUAAUUAUCAGUGGGGUCUGGAUGCUGGAGAGCCGCAAGGUUGGUUUCCAUACGCAGGAGUUCCCGAUUAUUACAACCAUGGCGACAUUGAGAUAGACAGUGACGAAGGAAUGACUGGCCCAAACUUUGUCAAAUUUAUACAACCCACCGAGCCAAAACUAGUAGAAGAGAAGAGAAUCCUUAGGCCACGACCUAUCCCGGAAAAUAGGACCGCAGCAAAGGCAGUGAAGUCAAAAACAAAGUAA